AUGAAUCAAUCAUAUCAAAUUGGUCAGUUCAAGUCAACAGUUUACCGCUGGGGCGUGUCCAAAAACUAAUAUUUUUAACGAAAAACAACAUGAGCCGGUGCAUUUUUAAAUGAAAUCGUGUGGAAUAUCUUUAAACAUGGAUACUUACCUCAUUAUAACACUUACUUCCAUUCUUAUUGGUAUAACAAGUGCCAGUAUUUAUGGCAGUGAGAAUGCAAUUAAUGGGAUAAACAAAGUGCCUAAAAUAGAGGGACAAGACAUCAUUACUUGGUGUACCACAUCUCUACUGGAGAACCAGAAAUGUGAGAAACUAGCCCAGUCAGUUCUACAGGACAAGGGGCUCUUUGGAAAGGAUUUUAUUGAGCUGAAGUGUAGAAGAGCAUUUGAUACAGAGGAGUGCAUGUCAUGGGUAGACCAAGGUGAAGCCUCCUUGCUUGGUUUGGAUGCUGGAGAAGUAUAUGUUGCUGGCCGCUACCACUCUCUAGUGCCCAUACUACAAGAGUUAUAUGGUGCAGGCAAGCCCUACCAAUAUUCAAUAGCAGUGGUUCGCAAGGGUGCUCUGCCAUCAAUACAGCCUGGCUAUGGACUGUCAGGGCUUCGAGGAGCAAAGGCCUGUUUCCCUGGGGUCGGAGCUCUCGCCGGCUGGGUCAUGCCCAUACAUGUGUUAAUGCAAGAAGGAGGUUUAAAAAUAACAGACUGCAACAAUCAUGUAAAGUCAGCUAUCGAGUUCUUUGGCGACUCCUGCGCACCUAACUCAUUGAAAGAUAUGUACAAUCCCAUUGGAGAUAACUCUGACAAAUUGUGCAAGCUAUGUUCGGGCGGGGCUGGGAUACGGUGUACGUUGGCAGAUCCUUACGCUGGCUACGAAGGCGCCUUGCGUUGUCUUAUUGCCAACAACUCGGGAGAAAUCGCCUUCGUUCGUGAUACUACUGUCCAACACGCUUUGCUGUCCCAUCAGAUACUUGGUGGUGUAACAGAAGAUCAAUUCGAAAUAAUCUGUCGAGAUGGAUCAAGACGCCCUGUGACAGAUUCAGAGAACUGCAAUUGGGGUCGAGUCCCGGCUGAUGCAAUCGUCACCAGCAGUGCUGUGUCUAUGGAACAGAGGAAAAAAUACCAAGACUUUUUACAAAUAAUAUACCAACUCUAUGGAGAACCGAACCCUCUUAAUAAGAACUACAAUAAUAUUACGAAUGGGUUCCAAACUGGUGGGUACAACCCCUACUCGUCUACCGAGUCGUCGCGAUACCCAUACGAUAGUUUCAACAGAGACAAUAGAUUUAACAAUAACUUCAAUAACAGACAGAAUGAAUUUGAAGAGGAUAUGAAUCAUAAAGCAAGCACUAUGCCGCCUUUCAAGAACCGAGUGGACUCGUCAGGCCAACCUAUCGAAUCAAUAUUCCAGCUCUUCAGGUCCAAUGAGACCACGGAUUUGUUGCUACAGGACGCGACAGUAAAUUUCCGAGUGUUAAAAGAAGAGGAGCAGGCUGCCAAACAUAUAUUAAACAACAAGUUCGUAGGAGGGCAGGCAGAGAACGCGGUGCUAGCGAUCCGGGGCUGUCCUAUAAAGCGGGCCACGCUGUGUGUCACUAGCGACCAGGAGAUGGACAAGUGUCUUAAAAUGAGGGUGGCGCUGAAGGCGGCGUUCCUGUCCCCCACGCUGGUGUGUUGGCGGGGCCACAGUACUCGGCACUGCGAGCGCGCCAUCGCCGAGGGAGCCGCGGACUUCGCGCUCUUCGACGCCGCGGACAUGUUGCACGCCGCCAACAUGCAUCGACUCGUGCCUUUUAUGCAGGAGAUCUACUCGAGCGGAGACAACUGGUACUAUGCAGUGGCUGUGGCUAAAGAACAAGAUCCCGAUACAGACCUGACGUAUUUGCGCGGAAAGAAUGCUUGCCACACUGGACUGGGGAUGGCCGCUGGAUGGGUGUUCCCGCUUGCUUACCUCAUAUCUAAUGGGUGGAUCAGAUCAUACGGUUGCGACGGUGCGCACGCGGCGGCGGAGUACUUCACGAAGUCGUGCGCGCCCGGCGCACUCAGCGCCGAGUACGUGGACUCUGCCACCGUGCCACACGACAACCUCUGCCAUCUCUGUCAUGGCGCGUCUUUCAGACGCUGCCGUCGCGACGCCAGUGAGGACUACUUUGGCCACGUAGGCGCGGUUCGUUGUAUGGUAGAGGGCGGCGGGGACGUAGCAUUUGUCCGCCACUCGGCUCCGGCUGAGGUGUCCGCGGGCAGACGUCGCGAGUGGUGGGCCAGGGACCUCUUGCCCGACGACCUGCAGUUGUUGUGUCCUGAUGGUACUCGCGCCAAAAUGCAUGAAUACAAGCACUGUAACUUGGGUAAGGUGCCUGGUUCGGUUCUAAUGGGUAGACCCAACCACACUGAAUUGGAUACAUACUCGAACUUGAUGGUGUACGCGCAGCAAUUCUAUGGAGCUGUUACUACUGAUGAAUUCAGUUUUAGCAUGUUCUAUUCGCCACCGCCUUACUCCGACCUAAUAUUCAGUGAUGUGGCUGUACGCCUGAAGCCUUUGGCUCACAGCAAGCGAUCGGCUGAAAUCGUCGCAGGUCCUGCACUCAUAAGAGCAGCUCGCAUUGUCUCCUGUGAUGCCCCACAAGCUUCGUAUUAUGUAGCGUCCGAUCCUGACUUCUUGUCCCAUGCCUACAGCAAUGGCGUUAUGGGGCAUCUAUUAGCAAUUUCCCUAUUUUUCUUAGCUCUAUUAAGAUAGAUUUACCUCCUUAUUAUUUUUAAUAAGACUGUAGUUUAGAAUCAAAACAACUGAUACUAGUAGCAGCUGAUAAAUAAGAUUUUAUGGCAUUUAUUUGUAUGUUAAUUAUAAUGUUAUAAUAUGUAUGUUUUUACACAUAUUAUAUUUAUUAUGUAUCAAUCAAAAGACAGUGAUGUACAAUUAGGUACUUUUUAUUUUACAAAGUUUAAACAUUUUACAUUAUUUUUAUUUUUGAAACAUAUGUAAUAGUUGUAAGUGAUAUAUAUUUAUAAGACAUUCCUAUGUGACUUAAUAGAUCUGACAUAUCUAUAUGUAUACUAAUAUAUAAAGCUAAAGAGUUUCGUUUGUUUGAGCGCGCUGAUCUCUAGAACCACUGAUCUGAUUUGAAUAAUUUGUUUUGUGUUGGAUAGUGCACUCAUCGAGGAAUUCUAUAGGUUAUAAAACAUCGCGCUAUGAUCAAUAGGAACCGAGCAGAGCGGGUGAAACCGCGCGGAAGUACCUAGUGAUAUUAUAAUCUAAGUAAAUGAAGUAACCUGAUUUAGAAUAAGUUGUUUGUGUUAUGCAGCUUCUUUAAAUCCGUCCAAAUGUGUGCCUAGAUAAUCUAGAUAUUAUUUUUAAACAUUUUUAUACCGUCCACGUGAAUAGCUUUAUAUGUAUUUUUGUGAAAUAAAAUAUUUUUAACACUAUGCAA